GAUGGGCGAGCUCGGGGCAUUCUCACCUCCUCCUAGACAGUCCUCUCGCGCGACGGCCUUUUCUUGAUGGCCGGGCGGGCGAACGCCGUGACGCUCAACAUCCUCCUCACCUCUUCGUCUUCUUCACAUAUUCUUUACGUGAACGUGGCCGUCGAAAAUCGUCCCAGAGGAUGAACGUGAUGGAACCGGAUGACAACUUCACAGACGAAGGCUUCGACAUUGGCUCGUCGACGGCAAGUUAUGUGACGAGCAUUGCGACCGAGAUUCGUGAAGGCAUCGAGGAAUAUGGUCGCCGAUAUGCCGCCUAUGGAAAACAUUUCUAUGGCCUUCCAAUCGACCAGGAAGAACAGGAACGAAAUGAUCUCCAGCACUCCAAAUUCCUCUUCUUGUAUGAAGGCCGCCUCCAUCUAGCACCCGUGGUGGAAGAUCCGCACCACAUUCUCGACCUGGGAACUGGCAAUGGGACUUGGGCGAUCCAGAUGGCCGAUGCUUUCCCGUCGGCAUCAGUAACCGGCGUCGACAUAGCAGCCGUUCAACCUACAUGGGUUCCGCCCAAUUGCCAGUUUGAGAUUAUGGACGUCGAGUCGGAUUGGGAGUUUCCCAAAGGUGUCUAUGAUUUGAUUCACGCACGAGAGUUGAUCUUUGCGAUCCGCGACUGGCCAGCGCUCAUUUCACAGGCUCGCGAGCAUCUUCGACCAGGCGGGUAUCUGGAGCUAUCAGUCACUGUGCCAGAGAUAGGGUGCGACGACGGCACAUGUCCUCCAGACUCCUGUUACCGAGAAAUGAGCGCGGUUCAUUUCCAGAUAGCCGAUGCCAUGGGUGUAGAUGGCCGGGCUGCCAAAAAGUGGAAGGCCCAGUUGGAAAGUCAAGGUUUUGAAGAUGUCCAUGAGCGCAUAUACAAGAUUCCCACGAACCGUUGGCCGAAGGACAAAAGGCUGAAGACAAUCGGGGCGCUCGAAGUUGCCAACUUCCUUCAAUAUUCCUCUGCAGGCUUUGAGAGAGGUUCGGUGGCCUUACUUGGCAAGGAUCCUGCGGAGUUGCAAGUAGUACUUGCACACGCAAGGAAGGAAGUCCUGGAUCGCAACAUCCAUUCAUAUGUUUAUUUUUACAACGUCUACGGCUGGCGGCCUCCAUCAUCGAUUGGGGAUUGACCUUCGCCGUACGGGGACCGGGACGCUGUCAGCUAGCUUGACCCGCCCGAGGCACCGAGAACAUGAUGCCGACCUUUACAAAACCGGGGCCUUCGCACAGCCAACACCUGCGGCUCUGAGAACAUCGGAAUGCCACUACCGCAUUUCUGAGAACACUGUGCUUCCCUAUUGGCUUGAACACCCAAUUGAGCGGAUCGUUUCCAACAUACCAAUGCUAUCGAUGCGACCACUAACUCAAACACCUCCAGGAUCCUGUC